UUCAAUAUUUCUGGAAAUAUUAUUUGGUUGUAUAGUAUAAAGGAAUAUAACUGGAACCUUUUUAUAAGAUCUAAGAGACAGAGAUAGUCAACCUGUUUCAAAGCACCUAGCUUUCUUGAUUUAGUAAACUUUGACACUUUUAAUACCAAAAUGCAUGACAGUGAAGCUAUCUCAUUACUAUAUAUGACAAGGAAUCAAGUGGGGUUAUGGUAUGCACAUUAUUGCGGCUCCUAAUGUUCAAAAAAUAUAUAUAAAUCAUUUUAAGCAGUGAACAUGAUUUCAAAGACUCUUUGAGCAACGCAAGAGCUGCUUAAUUUAUGAAAGUGUCUUUAUCACACGUAGUCUUGACAGUAAAGUGUACACUCCUGAGACAAGGACAUACAAGAAAUGCUAAUACCUUUGAUUUUUCCAGAUCUCGACAACAUGUGAACACAGAAAAUCCCAUGAUAAUUUUAGACAGAACUAACCAUUUAGCUUCCGCGAUUAGAUGUAAAGAUUCCCCCUAUGUAUGGAAUCAGUUGAACCCAUUACGAGUCUUACAACCUCUUAUUGUCACAAGAAAGACCAUAAACACUAUACUGCAUGGUUACCUCUCAAAAGAUCAAUCUCUUUACAUGUUAACUACACUAAUUUUAAUUAAGGCCUCACACGGCACAGUGCUAAUGCAACUGAUUAACCAGUGCAUACAAAAACAGCUUAUAGAACUAUAAUCAUAGUACAAUUAUGAAGGAUGGAGUAACAAACCAUUCCAAUCACUAAAUGAAGAAGAUAUGACUAGCCAGAUAAUUUUAACGAAUAUACUACUCGGAGAAGCCCAAAAAGGGUCAGAAUAGCUCCUAUGUUUCAUUGCUGCAGGUUGUGCAUGACACUCUAUUAUGCUGAAGUGAGAUAAAAGAGAGGCAUUUAACAAACAGUUCUUAACACUUUGCCAGGCGUUAUUUGUACCUAAACCCCUCGAAAUUGAAGCCUCUAAUAUUUUAAUAUGACCAUAACACUAACGCAAAGCUCAAACAGAUUAUUUCAUCUAACCCAUUGUCUCUGCAUAAAAAUCAUUUCUACCAACUUGUGAAAAUCUACAUAAAAUCCUUCAGCUAAUACUAAAACAUAUACAAAGUAUUGUUUCUAAAUCAUAAUCCAAGCACAUUAUCCCACAUAUUGUCACUUUUUUUUCCUUUUUAUCUGAUAAUUAGCAAAACCGAUACUCUUUUUAGUGAAGUUUAAGAUUGGACAGCAAGAAUCCAACCCCAUGGAAGCCAUCAAUAUGGAAAGAAAGUAGGCAGAAAAUCUCAAAAAACAUCAAAACAAUACCUCAAACCAUUAGUUUGGGGUUGAUAAAAAUUGAACUAUCAAUUUCAUGGCUAAAUGACAAAGACGUAUAGGAACAUUACAUAUCAGCAAAUACAACUGAAACAAAGUCUAUAGAAAAAAACACUGGUAGAUUCACCACUAAUCAGACUAAAAUGAUGACCAGGCCAUGUCAACGUUAACUCUUGCAAUACUGAAAUAAUGUAACAAUCACCAAUGAGCAACAAAUCUCUUGCAAGCACAUUAUUUACACCCCAAACAUUAGCUUAUCCCAACAAUGGCCAGAUAACAAAGUGUAUUGCAUCCACAAUAAAUAAACAAAUAAUAUAUCAGCUAAGAUUAUACCAACAGUAUCUCCACUACAUGAUUCGAGAAAUGGCGAUUAAUGAAACAAUAGUUAAAAAAAAUAAAAAAUAAAAAGUUCCAAAAAAAUUAUAAAAGUAAGGUGACCCUCUUUUUUGCACAAGCCCAACCAAACAUAUAGAAUCUGAAAGUUCAAAGGUAUCAUAUUAAUGCCUAAUGCUAUUGAAGUUUUUUGUUACAUUGAAAGUAGACCAAAAAGGAUUACACAUAACCAAAGUUUUAAGAUUGUAUAUUUUAUCUUAUUAUUUACUUUUAUUAUUUUUACUCAAUUCGUGUUUUAACAUUGAAUUUUAAUCUUGGUUCUCUUUUAAAACUCUCUUAAAAUUUACUUGGAUGCUCUUUCUUUUUCUCACUUUAUUACACACCUUUUUUACAAACUUUUUCAACUAAUUUUCUUGUUAUGUCCUUUUUUCAAUAUCGGACGGUUCCUUAUGACGGUUCAUAUUAGCCAACCCCAAAUCAUUUUGGGACUAAGGCUUUGUUUGUUUUUGUUGUUUUUAUAAAUAUAUACAUCCGCAUGGUAAUACCCGCGGUUUACUGCACAUUCAAAGACUGUAAACCCUCAAGUAGCUAAGAGCAUUACCUGUGUACCAGACUACCAGCUACUAACUACAACUUAGUAAUUUCCCUGAGAGCAUUGAGCUGUCCAAUAACACCAAAAUAGAAUCUCUUACUCCAAAUAAACAAAUCAUAUACACAUACAGAACAGUCAAACAACCAUUCCCCCAAGCACUCCCGGAGAAAAGCCAAUAAAUAUGCCCUUUUGUCACAUGAAAGGUGCUAAAUUCUCUUUCCAAAUUUCUCCCUACACCACUUUCAAUAUUUUACCUCACUCCCUCUUACUACUUCAACCAAGAUCUUCUGCCACACUAAUUCUGGUUCAUCUCAACUAUUAGCUAAAAAUCAACAGACACAUAAAUGGAUCGGAAUCGAUUAACUUCCCAAAGUCUUACAGCAGAAGAGUACACUAAACUGGAAGAUGUCAUAAGCACAUGCCACAGUGCUAAUUUGCCUCCAAACAAAUGCACAUCUUUAAUAAUCCAGCGCAUAAACGCACCGGCAAACGUUGUUUGGCGGUAUGUCCGAGCCUUUGAUAACCCUCAGGCUUACAAGUAUUUGAUCAAGAGUUGCACAAUGAGGGGUGAUGGAGGGGUAGGUAGUGUGAGGGAUAUAACAGUAAUCUCAGGACUUCCUGCAGAGAGGAGCACUGAGAGAUUAGAGAUGCUUAAUGAUCAGAGACGUAUAUUAAGCUUCAAGGUCCUAGGGGGUGAACACAGACUUAUGAAUUACUGCUCUGUCACAUCAAUAAAUGAAAUAAACCACACAGGGAGGGUUUACACCAUUGUCUUGGAAUCCUACACUGUAGAUAUACCAGAGGGGAACACAGCAGAGGACACAAAGAUGUUUGCUGAUACUGUAGUAAAACUAAAUCUUCAAAAAUUAGCCGAGGUAUCAGAGAUGACAGCAUCUUGAAUGCCGAAGAUCAAUGGGUGUUGAGUGCAAAAUUGUUGAAUGGCUAGGUCUAAAGCUGGAUUUUGACUCUGUCAGAGAUUUUUCUCUUGUUAGUGGGAAUGCUGUUACAUCUUGUAAGUUGAAUUUUUCCGCACUGUAUUAGAUAGUUGUUUUAAGCAUGCUGAUUGGUUGAAAAGUAAUAUCUCUGAUGAUCCAGAAUACUCUAUUUUUAUAGACAUAACCAAUUUGAAUUAA